CUUGCCCCAAUAAAGCAAUAAGCACAGGCACAGGCAACACUAAAAAAAGCAAAAACAUAACAAAUAUCCAAAAAUCAGAUUGAUUUCUGAGCUGUUCAAGAUUUUCUUGCUCCAACAGUGAAAAUGUUUUCCCUGAAAGAAAUGCCAUCCACAGCCUCCACAUUGUUCUCUGCUUACGCUUCCUUCGCGGCCUCCAUGAUGAUGAUUCGAUCCAUGGCCAACGAGGUGAUUCCCCCUGAGCUCCGCUCUUAUCUCAACUCCACUUUCCACUACCUCUUCACUCCACUCUCUUCCACACUCACACUUGUCAUCGACGAGUACUGUGGCAUGGCUCGAAACCAAGUCUUUGACUCCGCAGAGAUGUAUCUCCGCACCAAGAUAAGCCCCACAACAGAUCGACUUCGAGUCAGCAAAAGCUCGCGUCAGAAAAACUUCGCUGUGGCAAUCGAGAACGGUGAAGAGGUUGUCGACAGGUUCGAUAAUGUUCAACUCAAGUGGUACUAUGUUUGCAAAGAACCCAAGAACGCAUACGCCAUUGAAAAGCGUUGCUUUGAGCUCACUUUCAAUAAGAAAUUCAAAGACAAGGUGUUUGAAUCUUACUUGCCCUACAUUUUGGUGAGAGCUAACUCUAUCAAACAAGAAGAGAAGGUGGUUAAGCUGUAUAACCGUGAGUGUCCCUUCAGUGACGAGGAGGGAGGCGGUGGUGGAGGCAUGUGGGGUUCGAUUAAUCUCGAGCAUCCAGCUACGUUUGAGACUUUGGCUAUGGAUCCGGAGCUUAAGAAAUCUAUCAUUAGUGAUUUGGACAGGUUUGUGAGGAGGAAAGAAUUCUAUAAGAGAGUAGGCAGGGCUUGGAAAAGAGGGUAUUUGUUGUAUGGUCCUCCUGGUACCGGUAAAUCUAGCUUGAUUGCUGCCAUGGCUAAUUACCUCAAGUUUGAUAUCUAUGAUUUGGAGCUCACCAGUAUUUACUGCAAUUCUGAUCUAAGAAGGAUUUUGUUGUCCACCACAAAUAGGUCUAUUUUGGUGAUUGAGGAUAUCGAUUGCAGUGUAGAGAUGAAUAAUCGGCAAAUUCAAGAUCAGCAUGAACUUCCUCAUUCCAAGUUUACUCUUUCGGGUCUAUUAAACUUCAUUGAUGGCUUGUGGUCUAGUUGCGGCGACGAGCGAAUUAUUGUGUUCACUACCAACCAAAAGGACCGGCUUGACCCUGCCUUGUUGCGUCCCGGUCGAAUGGACGUGCAUAUUAACAUGUCAUAUUGCACUAGUCGUGGCUUCAAACUCUUGGCCUCUAAUUACCUUGGCAUUCAUCAUGGAAAAUCCCACCCCCUCUAUGGAGAAAUUGAAGGCCUAAUAGACAGCACAAAGGUCACCCCAGCAGAGGUUGCUGAGGAACUAAUGAAGAGCGAAGAUGCCAAUGUUGCUCUUCAAGAGCUUGCCAAUUUCCUCAAACGUAAGCAGGUUGAAAGCAAUGAAAUUAAAGAUGAAGAUCAAGAAGCAAAGAGGUUGAAAACUGAUGGAAAUGUGAAGAAAAUUGUUAGAAAUAAGUUGAAAACUGGUGAGAGAAUCUUUAGAAACGGUAGGAGAAGAGGUGUAAGAGGAGGAAGAAGCCUGCGAUCAGCCACAAGAAGUGCACAAUGUAUAAUAUUUGACUAGUGUAAAAUAUUAGUGCACGUACGUUUGUCAAUAAGAGCAUUCACUCACACUUUACCUAUAUGGAAGAAAAGUUAUCUUA